UCCUUUUCUCUGAAUCCUUUGCUCCUUUCCUUGGAUUCACUGAUAUUUUUGCCCCGAUUGAAAGCAGCAUUCUGGUCAAAACCUUAGCAGAUAAUUCAGAUUGCUGCCAAACUCCUUUAGAUAGGUGUUCAAAGUCAGCUUUGUUCCAUUUAAUUAACAAGUGAGGAGUACCAGACCAGCUCAUUCAGUAUUAGGCAGCACUUCCCUCAUCCAAAAAGUAGGGAACCUGUCUGGAUUACAAGUGCUGAGGAGGACUACUGACAGAUGAAUAUACUGUUUUAUCCAGAAAGAAGAUAUGGCUCUUUGUUGCUGUGAUGUGUUUGUUGCAGGGAAUUACUUAUUCAGAAGAACUCAGAAGAACUCAGAGAGCUGUGGAUCCUGAAGCAUUUAUGAAUAUUAAUGAGCUCAUUACUUACAAGGGGUACCCCAGUGAGGAGUAUGAAGUGACAACAGAAGAUGGUUAUACUAUUACCCUUAACCGGAUCCCUUAUGGUACACAGAAUCAGGGAAACCCAGCUUUAAAACCUGCUGUGUUUCUCCAACACGGAUUACUGGGAGACGCUAGUAACUGGGUCACAAACCUGCCCAACAACAGCUUGGGCUUCUUACUAGCUGAUGCUGGUUUUGAUGUUUGGAUGGGAAAUAGCAGAGGGAAUCGCUGGUCCAGGAAACAUCAAAAUUAUUCCAUUGAUCAAGACGAAUUCUGGGCUUUCAGUUUUGAUGAGAUGGCAAAGUUUGAUCUUCCAGCAGCAAUAAAUUUCAUUGUGGAGAAAACAGGACAGGAAAAGUUGUACUAUAUUGGCUAUUCACAAGGUACUACCAUCGCUUUCAUUGCCUUUUCAACAAUGCCAGAGCUGGCUCAAAAAAUCAAACUUUAUUUGGCGUUGGCACCUGUCACUACUAUUAAGUACGCUAGAAGCCCAGUGACAAAACUUCUCUACCUUCCAGAAACAUUGCUCAGGGGUUUGCUUGGCAAACGAGAAUUCCUUCCUCAGACUGAGUGUCUGAGAAGGCUAAUAGUUCCUGUCUGCAGCAACCCUGCUUUUGCCAGACUUUGUAGAAGUGUCUUUUUCAGUCUGGGUGGCUGUAACCUGAGAAACAUUGACGUGAAUCGAAUCAAUGUGUAUAUUGCACAAACCACUGCUGGAACUUCUGUGCAGAACAUAGUCCACUGGAGUCAGGAAGCCCAUUCAGGGAAGUUCCAAGCUUAUGACUGGGGCAGUUCAAAGAAGAACAUGGAAAGAUAUCAACAGGCUACUCCUCCUCUCUACAAUGUAGAAGAGAUGACUGUACCAACAGCAGUAUGGACUGGGGGACAAGACUUGCUUGCAGAUCCCAAGGAUGCAUCCAUUUUACUGUCUCAAAUUAAAAGGCUCAUCUAUCAUAAAAGGAUUCCUGGAUGGGCACACCUGGAUUUCAUCUGGGGAUUGGAUGCACCUUUGCAUGUGUACAAUGAAGUUAUUGAUUUGAUGCAGAAGAAUCCUUAACCCACAACCAGUAGCCAUACCUGAUUCAUGCAAAGACACUUACGUUCACUGGGUGUACACGAAACUUUGCAUCUGAUGGUUUCUGUUGGAGUCAGAGAAAGGAUUCCUCCUGAUGCUAAUUUCCCACUACAUGUCAGUGCAAUGCCUUUUGCAUCCUGAUGAUACACUUCAUAUAUUCUGGCAACCUUGUGGAUCAGUAAUCACUUUUUAAUUGAUACAUCCUUGUUCUGCAAUAACUGUACUUUGCUAACAGAAGAAAGGUUUUUUUUGCAGCCUGCUUUCUUCUUUAAACCAUAACAGUAGUGAAUGCACUAACUUUCUCUGGAUAUGUGAACACCAGAGAGUUCAAGGCUUUUUCCACUUUGUGUAUUAUUUCUCAGUUUAUGGGGUUUGCAGUUAUUACAAAGUAAGCCAAGACUAAUUCUAGCAGUUACGGUAUCGAUUAAUUUUAUUAUUAGAUGAGACAAUGAACAGAAAGUAAAAACUGAGUUCACACAAAAAACUCACUCCUGACAAGAUGAUGGUUUGUAUUCAUUUGAAACAGGGCUGCUCUCUUUUUUCAUGAGAA